AUGAGUGAUAAAUCCCGCCAGGCGUACUGCUACUUUUGGCUAUUUGGUUUAAUCAAUAAUGUACUAUAUGUGGUGAUACUUUCUGCAGCUGUUGAUAUCGUGGGCCCUACAUUACCUAAAUCUCUAGUAUUGCUAGCCGAUAUAUUCCCAUCAUUGACCGUUAAAUUGUGUUCUCCAUUUUUUAUUGAUAAAAUCAAGUACAGCUAUAGAAUAUGGUUUUUGAUUAUAAUGAGUUGCUUAGGGAUGUUCUUAGUUUCUUUUAAAAACUUGUUUGUUUGCCUCUUGGGAGUAUCUUUCGCAUCUGUAUCUUCAGGAUUUGGCGAAGUGACAUUCCUGCAAUUAACACAUUAUUAUGGACAAAUUUCUUUAAAUGGAUGGUCAUCAGGUACAGGUGGGGCAGGAAUUCUUGGAGGAGCAUCCUACAUGGUCUUAACUUCUGUCUUUAAAGUACAAGUAAAAUUGACUUUGCUGAUGUUUAGUGUCCUUCCAUUUUCAUUCCUAUUUUACUUCAAAUUAGAUUCUAGUGAUGUGAACUCUAACUAUCAAAGUCUUCAAGAGAUCGAUGAAGCAGAGGAUGAGCAGUUGGAGCCGUUUGUUGUCGCCUUUACACAUAUGAACACUUCCCAAUCCAUGCACUCCACGAGACAGCACAUCUCCCAAACACUUAAGAGACUUAGAAGAUUAGUUAUUCCAUACAUGCUUCCAUUAACCACUGUCUAUUUGUUCGAAUAUUUAAUUAACCAAGCAGUAUCUCCGACGUUAUUAUUUCCAAUUAAUGGUGAUAGGGAAAGUAAGUCCAUGCCUUUUUUUUUUCAUAAGUACAGGGAUAUGUACGUAACUUAUGGUACGCUUUAUCAAUUGGGUGUCUUUCUAUCGAGAUCUUUUGGGCAUCUUGUAAGAAUGAGGAGUCUUUACAUUUUAGCGUUCUUGCAAGGUAUGAAUUUAUGCUCAACAGUACUACAAUCAUGGUUCUAUGUUGUUCAUUCGCCCUGGGUGGUAAUGAUAUUGAUAUUCUAUGAGGGUUUUCUUGGUGGUGCAUCGUAUGUUAACACGUUUUUAAAUAUUCUUGAGCAAGAGAAACCUGAAGAAGCAGAGUUCGCUAUGGGAGCCGUAUCCAUCGCGGAUUCAUUUGGUGUGUUUUUAGCUGCUUUGCUUGGUUUAGGGUUAGAACCUAAACUCUGUGAGCACCAGAUUACAGACAACAGACCUUGGUGUAGGAUGGAAUGA